CUCAGACGGCUCCUAUAUCUGCUCCAAGGUCAGUUUACACGGCCGGCGAGAGAGGCGACACGAGCGAGGCCAGUCCGCCUUCGUUCAGCAGUACCAACGCAACGCGCCAGUGCGGUACGCGCUCCAAGGCUGAAGGCGUACACGGGAAUAUCGACGCAAAAUGGGAGUGAGUGCUGUCCUGCUGCUGCUGUUGGUGACGUCAGCGCCGCUGCUGCCGGGCCUGGAGGCUGCCGAGGUGCUGGGGCUGUUCCAGUCGCCGGGCCGGAGCCAGUGGCUGCUGGCGGAGACGUACCUGAGGGCGCUGGAGCGGCGCGGCCACCGCGUCACCGCCGUCACCACGUUCCCCUCCAGCCAGGGCGGCGCCGCGGCCAACUGGACCGAGAUCCUCAUACCGAACCCUGUCAACGAAGACGGUAAUCUCAACGUAUUCGAAGCGGCCUCGACAACUCUCUUGGAUUUGGCGAAGGAGUUCCUUGUGCUUGCUGAAAAAAUGUGUCACGGAUUUCUGAGGGACGAAAAUGUACAGAAGUUACACAAGUCGGGCAAGAAAUUUGACGUCAUUAUUCUGGAGAACCUCUUCACAGAAUGUGUACACGGAUACGCUCAUGGCCUGAAAGCGCCUGUAAUUGUGCUCUCCAGUUUCCCGGGAACGGACUGGAUGGCCGACAUGGUGGGAAAUCCGACCCCGUACUCUUAUGUACCGAACCCAUUCCUCGCGUUAGGCACCCACAUGAGUUUUAUCGAGCGACUUCAGAAUGCACUUGUAAGUAUAGGAGGAAAAAUCAUCCGUCAGUUUCUGUAUCUGCCAAUGCUGGAUUCAAUUUUACAGACGUAUCUGAAAGAUCCGUCACUACCUUCAUUGUCCGAAAUCGAAAGACAGACGUCGCUUUUCCUGGUUAAUUACCACUUCACCCACGGUUGUCCCCGGCCACUUGUACCCAACAUGGUGGAAGUUGGAGGGUUGCAUGUCAGGCAACCAAAAAAGCUACCCGAGGAUAUACAAAAGUUUCUGGACGAGGCCACGGACGGAGCGAUAUACUUCAGUAUGGGCUCUAACUUGCAAAGUGCCCACUGGCCUGAGGAGAAGCGGUCCGCCUUCCUGAAGGUGUUUUCGCAGCUGAAGCAGCGAGUCCUGUGGAAGUGGGAGACGGACUCGAUGCCCGGCCAGCCGCCCAACGUGAAGACGGGCAAGUGGUUGCCGCAGUCCGACAUACUGGCCCACAAGAACGUGCGGGCGUUCAUCACGCACGGCGGGCUGCUCAGCACGCAGGAGGCGACGGCCAGGGGCGUGCCGCUGGUGGGAAUCCCCGUGUUCGGCGACCAGUUGCUAAACAUGGCGCAGGCGCAGAGGCAGGGCUACGCAGUCACGGUCGCCAUCAGCAACAUCACCGAGGCAUCACUGCAGUGGGCCCUGAACGAGGUGCUCACCGUCCCCAGGUACCGAGAGAACGCCCAGCGGCUGUCCCGCAUCUUCAACGACCGCCCCAGGAAGCCUCUGGACGAGGCGGUCUACUGGACGGAGUACGUGAUGAGGCACCAGGGGGCGCCGCACCUCAGGUCCGCGGCGCUGGACCUCGCCUGGUACCAGUACUUCCUGCUAGAUGUCGUCGCGGCGCUGCUCGCCGUAGUACUGCUGGUGCUCCUCAUCACAGGGGGAGCGCUGAAGGCUGGACUGCGGCUACUGAAGGGGACUUCCGGUGGAUCCAAAGCUAAGAGGUCGAGCAGCAAGUCCACCAAGAGGGACUGACGGCUUUCUAUUUAUUUACCUGUUGUGUAUAUCUGACUAGUCAGCCGAAUAAAAUGGGUUUAUACAACCAUGGACUUUUAACAAUAGCUGUUGGGCAGUAAAACCAUAUACACUUAUUAAUUGUUUAUUCAUCCACGGAUGGUUUCACAAUUAAAUCAGCUACACGCGCUUAUUACAACAAUAAAACGUAUUUCACUGUUAACAUACAUACAGGUUUUUUUUUGAAAGAUUUCAUGAUGCCUUCAGCUGAUACUCUCUCUAUUUCAUGUACGAUUGUACAAUUUCGGCCUUAGGCCAUUUUUAAGUGUCUAAAACCGAAGCGUUAUACGUUGGAUACAUUACUGACUUUUGUGAUGUUGAUGUGGAAACAAGUAAUAUCUGUAGAUAUACUAGGCGCAUUAUAACUUAUUUUAUGGAUGAUUUUUUUAUUAGUAAACUUUGCUAUGAAUGUCGUUGCUCCUAUGACUCCAUGUUGUGCUCAUAAAAUAAAUCUGAGAUGUUUUACGCUAUUUUAUGAGCACGUGACUUUCGAGCAGUUGCUGAAAAGCUCUUGUGUAUAAAGCCCAUGUGAUCGUGUACGUAGCACUAGGAAGAUUAGAAUUAUUUUACAGAAAUUUGUUAAUAAACCUGCAUAUGCUUUUCUUCUCAA